GUUUCAGAUUCUACAUUGAAGCUAGCAAUUUCUUCACCUUUUGGUGACUCAGAUGAGUAGUAGUCGAGAUCGAAGACGAAGUAUAAGAAAUGCAGCGAAGGAGAUCAUCUCGAAGAUACCCAAUUCACAAGAAGGGCUACAACUGGAUUUGCCUUCGGUCUCAUCAGUGCCAGCAUAUGAAUGCUUUGCCGAGCGUAUAUCGGAGUCUAGUGCAAUAGAAAAAUUCGAGGAAGAUGCUCGCGUCGGAGAUAUCCUCAUCGUAAAAGUGAAACGAUGUGAUGUUGUCGGCGCCUAUGUGAAGCCACUAUGUUUUGCCACUCGGAUAAAACGAGAUCUGGAGUGGUUGGAUCUACAGUUUUUGACACCCUUGUCGGCGUUGUCACGUCGAGUCGCUGUCGGGCAAUACCUAGAAGCUCGCAUAUGUAGCGUACAGCCGGUUAAGGUCGAACUUUUGGAAGCUCCUCCGCUGGCUACCAAUGAACUGCCCGAGUAUUUCAGGAAUGGUCGUGACAUGCCACGACAUUCCCGUUAUUGGGACUACAUCGAAGAAAGUGGAUUGCUACGGAAUACGUACCUGGCAGAGACUCUUCGGUUUCCCAUCGUAUCUCCAUACUCGUUCUUGGUUAUCGAAGGGUUAGAAAAGGACAGAGCCGAACCCGCGUCCUUGCUUCGUAAGCGACAGAAUGAGAUGUUAGCCGAAGAAUAUGUGGUACGCGGUGUGGAACAGAUGAGAUCCGGCAAUCGCGAAUCGGCAAUCGUCGUCUUGAACCAAGCGCUCGAAAUCAACCCACAUUGCGUCGAAGCACUUGUGGCAAGAGGCGCAGCAUAUUCGACAAACGGCCACUAUCCAUUGGCUGAAGCUGAUUUUGACAAGGCGCUAGAAUUGGCGCCAACGCAUGCCAAUGCUCGUAACUAUAUGGUGGAGACGCUGGUGAAGCAUGCUUCGUUGCUGGAAGUCCAAGGAGAAGUGGACAAUGCGAAGUUGAAAUACGAGAAAGUUUUGCGAUUGAAAGAGGAUCGAAGAGCAAGGACAGCAUUGGCCAAGUUAAAUAAAAGAAAAAGAAGUCCAUCAGUAGAAAUUGUGACCCUUGAAGAAACUUUGGAAACUAUUGAGCAGUCGAGAAAAUCGAUUGACAUUUUAGUGGAAAAUGAUAGAGACAAAUCGCGCUCGCGACGCAGCACACGCGAGGAUCCCGAAGCAGAAAAGCGGAAACGACGAAGAACGCAAGAAGCUGAACGGGAGCGGAAACGUGAGCGCGAAAAACUACGGGAAAUGGAAGAGUUCAUCAAAGCGUUACACCGAUGCAUCUGCAUUCAUUCAUCGCUGCAGUGCCUCGAUCUUGCUAUGCAAUCACUUUUGCUGAAUCAUGGUCUUCUGCCAUGUCCGCUGUCACUAAUGCCUCCGUCACCACCUCCCAGCCUUGUAAAGACGUUGAAUGGGAUCUCUAAGGUCAGAGAAGUUCUGCAAAGCGUUUUUCGGUCGCGAUUUCGUCGUUCAAUUCGCGAGGUAGCGUUGUGCGUUGGACCGAAUCCUCAUCGUAUUGUCCAUGCUUACAAAAUGCCAAUCUCAAUCUGCGAUGCAGAAGACUCACGUGAUGAAUGCUGUGGCUCUCCAUGUUCUGAGUUGUCCGAUGUGGAAAAGCGGCGAAUAAAUCGGCAGUUAUUUUUGGCUUUUCCACCCGAAGAAGCUCGUCAUUCCGGACAGCGUAUGUUUAUCUUUUUACGGGGAUACGAUAGCCUUGUCGGAGAAGACAUCGAAGAGAGUGAUGUUUUCUUCCACGAUGAUAAAUGCAGCAUGCUUGAGUUUGACCAUGAAGGUUGCUCUACACCUUUGAAGGAGCCCUUGGAUGAUGUGCUCAAAUGGAUGCGCAUCGUACCCUUCAUUGUGCAUGGCAAGAUAUAGUACUUGGCUCUUAUUUAUAUGAUUUAUAGUUAUUUUGGUUAUUAAGACUAUGUAAUUCAUUUUAAUUGAGAUUUAUCACAGGUCUUUUUACUCGCGGAGCUGCUAAGCUUCCUGUUGUCAAGCAAAUCUUGGUUGUGUUCAAAUACUGUGCUUUCGCUUGUCAAGUUGCCUACAUUUAUGAUCUUUAUAUGGUACGUUUAGGGUACUCAAUGACCUCAUGUAUGUUACUUCAGUAUUACUGACAGUGUAUUCUUUCUCUGAAGCUCAAAAAUGCGGCGUUAUUGCAUUUC